AUGCGUUCAGAAUCUUCACUCGUCAGAGUCACGAAAUUUUCAUCAGUUACGUUUGUACCGCGGGAGCGUAAAAAUAGACACAGAGAACACCUCAGUGACACAUACAGUUAUACCGAACGCUUAAACAAAAUGGAUCGUUUUAUUAUAAAACACGCCUCUGUUCAGUCGUCAAGUACGUGUGCACCUGAUAAAUAUACACAGGCCAACGAGCCUGGCUCGAUCAAAACAGAGGCCGCAUCUACAUCAGCUUCUGAACCGCCUCCCAAGAAGAAAGUCAAGUCAUCGACAAGGCAGUACAGUGACGAGUUUCUGAAGUAUGGCUUCGUCAAGUGUGAACAGGAAAAGGGAGAACCAAGGCCUCAGUGUGUGAUUUGCAGUGAAGUUCUCGCAAAUGAGAGUUUAAAGCCAUCAAAAUUAAAGAGACAUCUCGAAACCAAGCAUCCUAGUCUGGCUACAAAACCAGUUGACUAUUUCCAGAGAAGAAAGGAACAAAUGAAGAUGUCAGUGAAAGUUCUAAAUGCAGCAACCACUCUUAAUGACAAAGCACAAUUAGCAUCAUAUUUAGUUUCAUAUCGCAUUGCAAAAGAGAAAGUACCAUACACAUGUGGUGGGAAAACUUAUUCUACCAUCUUGCGUGGAUAUAGUGAGCACGAUGCUCGAUGGAAAACUGCUGGAGAAUUUGCUAUUCAGCUGGACGAAAGUACUGAUAUAUCUAACUGUGCAGUGCUCCUGGUGUACGUCAGAUACGUACAUGAAGAUGACUUUUUGGAAGAUAUGCUUUGCUACUUAACCUUACCUACUCAUUCAUCAGGAUUUGAGAUAUACAGAGUGCUGAAUGACUGCAUAGUUGGAAAAUACAAGCUGAAAUGGGCCAAUUGCAAAGGAAUUACAACCGAUGAAGCAGCAAUUAUGACUGGGAAAAAGAGCGGUGUUGUGACAAAAAUAUCAGAAGCAGCCGGUAUCCCAGACAAUCUCAGAGGUGUUUUGAAUGACGUUGUGAAAGUUAUCAACACAAUCAAAGGAAGUGCACUUAACAGUCGGUUGUUUGAACUCUUGUGCCUGGAGAUGGGAGCUGAUCAAUCACACCUUAUUUUCCAUACGGAAGUUCGAUGGCUCUCCCGCGGGAGAAUUCUAACAAGGCUUAAUCUAAAACUGCAAGGGAAAGAAACUGAUGUAUUCCGACACUGUGAGGAAGUAGAAGCAUUUAAGAAGUCAAUAAUGCUGUGGCAAGCAAGGCUUGCUGUUGAUCAACCUCUUCACUAUAUGUUCCCAAUACUUUUGCAGCAUAUUGAACAACAUAAUAACACCAGUGAAGAAACCAUGAAGAAAUUGAAAUGUGAUAUACAGCUGCACCUCCAUUCUUUGUCAAGCAGUUUUGAACAGUAUUUUCCUGAAGAAUACCUUAAGAAUAUAAGAGACAACCAUUGGGUGAAGGACCCUUUUGCAUUUGAAAAACCAGAAGUUGUUUUAGGGCUAAACCUUACACCUGAUGAAGAAAAGGAACUUCAUCUGACAAGUGAUACAUCAUUAAGAAUCAGGAUGCGGUCAUCACCUCUGUCAUCAUUCUGGAUAAGUGUUUCCAAGGAAUAUCCACAUCUAAGUAAGAAAAGUAUUUUACUUUUGAUCCCCUUUACAACUACAUACUUGUGUGAAGCUGGAUUCUCAACCUUGACAAAACUAAAAAGCAAUGAAAGAAAUCGACUCACUCCUACAGCCGACAUGCGUGUGGCGUUAUCCUCCUGCAAGCCAGACUGGAAUAAGAUAACGAAAGACAAGCAGGCACACCAGUCACACUGA